AUGGAUAACAGACCUGCUCCGGAGUACGCGCAGCCAGGUUCGCAAUUUCCGUAUCCACCGUCUGUCGCGCCUUCUUCUGAACUUCCAGCUGUAGACCAGGCUUCGGCUGCUGCAGCCCCUACUCCUUACACCCCUCAAACGGAGGUUCGCCCGGCUCCUCAGUAUACGCCCCAGCCCGACAUCCGUCCCACCGGGACAACCGCCAACAUUUCGUCUUCCAACACCCCUCAGUCAGACUACGGUCUGAACCAGCCUCCUGCAGCCGCCGCCGCGCGCUCCCCCGCCUAUGAUUAUAUGCCUCGACCUCAAUACCAUCACGCGCCCAGCACUCAGGCCGGCGGCGCGGCAGGUAUGGCUCAAGCAACAAGUCCGUCUAUCACCACCCUCGGUAGUAGUGAUGGUCAAUCGCAUAUUGACCAUCACGCUCCAUCCAACAACAUCAACAGUAAUCAAAACAACAACAUGAAAUCUGACACCGACGUUCCUAUAGAUCCCUCCAUCGCAGCCUCCAGUCCCACCUAUCCGCCUCCCUACUCGCCCUAUCAGCCACAGGGUCAUGACAUGUCUCAGUAUCAAGGUCACCCUCCGCCUCCGCCGCCACAAAUGUAUGCGCGCCCCGAAUGGCCGCACGGUUACGCUCAACAUGGGCAUCACAUACCUCCCUAUAGCGCUCCUGCUACUACGGUCUACUCGUUCGUCCCCAUUCCCGGUGCCCAGCAACAUAAGCGCCCCCGCCGUCGUUACGAAGAGAUUGAACGGAUGUACAAAUGUGGAUGGAAUGGCUGUGAAAAGGCCUAUGGCACAUUGAACCACUUGAACGCACAUGUCACAAUGCAGUCGCAUGGUGCCAAGCGGACUCCUGAAGAAUUCAAGGAGAUCCGAAAGGAAUGGAAGGCCCGCAAGAAGGAGGAAGAGUCUCAGCGUAAGGCUGCCGAGGAACGUGAGCGUGCUGCUGCUGCUCAAGCCGCUCAAGCCAACCAUGUCGAAGCUCCUGGAGCGCCAGACCCGACACAAGCUGCGGCCACUCAACCUCCGGCCUACCCUGGCGGUGUCCGUCCUCAACUACCUCCGAUCGGGUACCAACCCGCUGACGGCCAGGUGCAUGGCGGGUACGGUGCUGCCGGUGGUAUGGUCUACCAGAAUGGCCAGAUGGCGUACCCUCCUAACUACCCUCACUCUCCUUACACACAGGGUGGUCAAAUGUAUCAACCACUCCGCAUAACCCAAUUUUUCAAAAAGUUCCCGGCGCAAGACCGGCUAAACACCGAUCUCGAAAUUUGCCUCUCGCUGCUUUUGUCCCUUCGCUCGCCAUUUGACAUUAUCACGAACACUACGGCUUGUCGAAUUCUCUCCCCGCGCAUACUCGAUACCUAUUCCGAAGCAACGACCAGACCCGAACCAUACGAACGCAGUAUUAGAUGCUUCGCUGCAGCAAUGUCGGCGCCCUGCAGACGGCAGCCGGGAGGGUCCCCGAUUUCGAGUGGCGCAGUUGCGCAAAGGAUACCGGGGAGGGGCAAUCUAGAACCAUCGCCGUUUUGUGUGCGCGCUGUUGGUGGAUCGAGAACAUACGCUACGGAUGCAGACGCAGCCGAGGAUAUCCCCGGGGAAGAAAACGACGAUGCCCCCGUUACGCGCACACCUACAGACGAGAAAACCGAAAAGUCACGCGGGGCACCGAGAAAACGAGACUCACUACUCCUCGAGCUCGCAAAAGAGGGAACCUCGCCAAAAGCCCGAGAGGAAAGGAAGCAGGAGCAGAGGGGGUGGAGUAAUUUCAGCCUCGAGGAAAUUAGAAGGGCCGAAGCUGCGGCGAACAGGGAGGUUAUUUGGUUGACGGAUCGGGCGACGUUGGCGGAGAGGGUGGAGAAGGUGCUGCAGAAGAGGGAUGCGUUGUUUGCGGCGACGCUUGUGAGGAAAGCACAGAGGCUGGGGCUUGGGAGUACGGCGGCGUGGAAUUAUCUCAUGGAGUAUUGUAUGAAGCAGAAUGAGCCGCAGGCUGCGUGGAGGUUUUAUAAUGAGAUGAAAAAACGAGGACGACAACCGAAUACGAGAACCUAUACGCUCAUGUUGUCUGGUCUGGGUAGAACUGCCAGCCAACUUGGAUUCAAUAACAUCAAGACUGCAUUGUCGAUUUACGAGAACAUUGCCGACGCCAACAAUGGCAUCGAAAAGAGCAUCGUCCACGCCAAUGCUUUAUUAACCGCCUGUCUUCGACAGGGUGACUUGGAUACCCUGUGGAAGGUUGCCGCGGACCUCCCCGAAGUCGGAGCACUUGCGCCGGAUGAGAAGACCUACACUAUAAUCCUGAAAGCCGUCACAUAUUCCCUCGAGCGAGACGUCAAGGAUAUACCGUCAGAGGAUGUGGACAAGAUCAUCGAGCGGAGACACGAAGCCUUGGUAGAAGCCAAGAAAGUCUGGUCUGAAGUGGUUUAUCUCUGGAAAGCAGGACGUAUUCCCAUGGACACUUAUCUCGCCAACUCUAUGGCCAAGAUUCUGUUACAGGGAACUUCUGAUCACGACUGCCAUGAUGUCUUUAAGCUGUAUAGGCAAAUAUGUGGCACCCCGGUUCUUGUAGAGGAACCGCGCAAGCCUAGGAACCCUACACCACCACCAUCACCACCUUCCCGUCCUUCUCCCCCACCUAAACCGAAGAGAACACAGAAGAAAGAGGAACACCUCCUUGCUCCAGACUCAGAUCCUGAUAUGAAUUAUGUCCCGUUUGUGGGCGAGGAUGAAGAGCCGUUAUAUAAGUCGAGACAGGAAGAAGAGGAGCUGGAGGAGCUGGAGGAACACGAACCGGAGGAGGAAGUCCCGCUUAACUUUGAUCAUUUGUUCGAUCCGGUUUUCUCGGAGGGUGCUCCGGUUGCCCAAGCUGCCACUGUGAACCCCCAGCCUGCUGCGCAGGAUGCGACGAUUAGAGAGCAAGCUACCGUUGAUGAAGAAACUCAAACUGUUGUACAGGAUGCUGAGGGCUCUUCCUCGGAGGAUACUUCGUCAACUGCAGAAUCCAUAGCUGAGACCCCCCAAGCUGUGGAAAAGACAGAAGUUGCCACUCGCGGCAGGGAGGUUAGAAAACCAUCUUUCCGAAAAUUGGUUCCCUUUGGCAACCCAGAGCUUUGCUAUGUGCUGGAGGCUUGUAUGCUCAUAACACAAGGGACGCCAGCCGCAAGAGCCAAUUGGGAGUACUUCACGCAGAGUGAUUAUCUACACAAGAUUCAACCAGACAAAGAAUCCUGCCUUUGGUAUCUGCGGAUUUUACGACAGUCGCACUCCAGUCGCCUCACGAUCCGACUUCUUCAGGAUCAGAUGAUCCCAGCCAAACUGGUAGAUGGUAGGGUUUUCCACAUCGCUCUCAGCAGCUGCCGGCGUGACCGUAGGAACAUCGGCAUCUUCAAGAACGCCAACGAGAUCCUCGACCUCAUGCACCGGAACAUCAUCCUUCCCGACCCGCGAGCGUUGGAGGGCUACUUUGAACUGGUUGAGAGCCUCAGGAGGAAUCCUCAGCGUCUUACGUUCUUGAAGGGCCUCGAGCCGGAAAGGGAAGAGCCCGCUGCCAGCUUGGAAGCGUGGGGUCGCGAGUUGCAGGUGAAGUUGCAGUUGCUCGCGGUGCAAACGCUGCGCCCUCAUCUUGCAAAGUUCCACGAUGCGAUGCAGCAGGCGGACAUUGAUGGACCGCGCGCUCAGGGCCGUUUUUCCAAAAACAAAAAGGACGUUGCAGUCUAUGGUUCCUCGGCUGUGAAGAUCAUGCUUACAGCACGGCUCAUGAUAGACAACCUCUUGACAAAGAAUAAUGCAUCGCUCAUUUCCAAGGAAGAUCGCAAGUUGCUCGAGGAAAGCUCGCAUAGAUUGCGAGUGUACUCAACUCCCAGCGCAUCGAAGAAGUUCCGUAACAUCACCGUGUUCCCGACGCGAAAGCAACUUAGCACAUUCGAGAAUGGAGGAGGAAGGGCUGUGAUAGGGGAAAUUGCGAAGAGAGGAUGGCGGCAUAACGGCGAACAAUAA